AUGCCUUCGUCUCGAAUAAAAUGGGACGACUGGAAGGACAAGGUGAUGCUAAUGGCAGUGUUCGAGCAAAUGAACAUGACCUCUCCCGACUUCAAUCGGCUCUCCAAAGUGAUGUGUGGAGAUUACAGUGCGGAUGCUUUGAAAAACCGCUUCAGGACACUCAACAAAGAAGCUGCAGCUAUAUUGCGUGAUCGCCAGCGUCAUGCCGAAUCUCAAGAAAUGACAGCCGAGACACUUCCCAUGAUGUCCGGAGCUGUGAACGGUUCAGACGAUAACGAUGUACUCGUGGUCCGAGGGGCUGCACUACGAGGCGAGCUUACGCCCCCUAUGAGCGAGCCGUCCCCGAGCAUGCAAUCAAGACGCUGUCCUCCACAGGCACAGAUAGCCAUGCAGGAAGUUAUCACGCCAAAUUCUCAGCCUUCCAGCAUUGGUCGCCACUCUCUGAGCAACGGCAUACAAUACCAGCAGCACUCGAGUUUGAACUACGAUUCAAAUGUACAUCCAGCACGCCGUCCCCAGUGCUCCCACGAUACAACCUCCCCUGCUCGCCCGUACAAUCAUCCUCAAAUAACGUCAGGCGGACGCAAUUUCCUUCGCAGACAGCAAGAUCGGAGCUGGGAUCAGAGUUACCGGACCAAGAAUACUGGUGGAAGGCCUUUCAAGCCACGAAAUCAAAACAACCGUCAGCGCAAUAUGCCCCAGAUGACCCGAGUCGAAAUAAAUCAUGGGCCUGUACAUACCAGAUUUUAA